GUCGACAUCCGAGGCAGGAAACUAGCCUUUUCAUCGCUGAUAGGGUCGCCGCUUGGAAUGGGUCUCUCGCCCGGAGGCCGCCAACCAACUCACCAUCAGGCGUUCUCGGAUAAGAUGUCCAGCAACUUGAUCAACCUUCGAUCAGCGAGGCCCAGCCAAGGAGAAUCAACUUCUUGCAGCAUGCAGGUAUGAGUUUGCCGACACUCAUGUCACCACACCACUAUCUAGAAAUACCAAUUGCUUGACGCCUCGACGCUCUCGAACUUGACUACGACCUGUUGUCCAAAUAUCCUCCCAUCAAUUCACAGGUGUGCAAGCAAGAUAUGUACCAGCAAUGAACCCCACGCAAACCUAAUUGUUUCAUGCUGCUGAGUCAAACGAGCCUCGGGCCUCCACCACCCAAUCCACUAGGCUACUACACAGAUGUGAGACAGGCAAACAAUCGGUAAGGCUGAGGUGUCAGAAUGGGCCACUUAGCUGUUCAAGGUCUAGACACGACCAUUCCAGGCUUCACUUCUCUCCUGUGCCUACCAGCGAUCCCCAGGCCCAUCCGCAUCGUGGAUACGGCUAAGAGCAACUUUUCGAGAGGAAUGCUUUCACUCGAGACCCUCUCAGGCUGCGCCUUGGCAGGAGGCAGCUGCUUCAGAUCUUCCCUUGCGUGACGACUUUAAGAUCGUCUUCCCAAAGUACAUUGCGAGGUUCAACGCAGUCAGAAACCAUGUCUUAACUCGACCUGGCCCGUGUACAUAUCUGGUACUAUAACACCGUGAGUACUAAAAUGACGGAAUGUCAGUAUCUGCCUUGUUUUCCUCCGUAUACGUUGUACCAGAGUUCCAAUUUCCAGCUCCUCGAUUUCUCUUUAAAGGUAGUACCCUCAGCCUUGCCGUGAAACACUUGCAUCUUCAGCGCCUGAAGAGCACCCUACCAAUUCAACAUCAAUCUCGGAUCAAGAUGUCCAAAAGGCACGUUCCAGAUCACCCUGAGACCAUACAUCCAAAAACAAAACUGGCAAAGGAGAUCGAUUCCCAUAUCCCAUAUGAAGAACUCACCACCCUCUUACACCAACAGGAAGAUUCGAAAGACACAAGGAGAGUACUGCAUUGGUUCCGCAGCAAGGACCUCCGCAUCCACGACAAUCGCGCCUUGCACGCAGCAUCCAGCUUCGCACAAGAAUUCAACGCACCCUUACUAUGCGCGUAUUUGAACUGCCCGGCCGAAUUCAGGUGGCACGGAACCUCACCAGCUAGGACGGACUUUAUCUGCGAGAACCUCAGUCUGAUGCAGUCCGAGCUCAAUGAGUUAGACAUCCCACUCAUCUUCCUUCAGGCUGGCGAACGCAGCGACAUCGUUCCCUCGAUCGUCAAUUUCAUCCGCGAGAAUGAUAUCUCCCACGUUCUUCGCCAACUACGAAUACGAAGUCGAUGAGCUCCGUUGUGACACUAGAGUCUUGCAAGAGGCCACCGCUGACGCCCACAGGUCCUUUCACGUCUCUCUACAUCACGACCAGACAGUCAUGGAACCAGACACCAUGCUUACAGAAAAUGGCAAGCCAAUGAAAGUGUUCACGCCCUACCACCGAGCCUGGCUAGCCGAAGUGAAAUAUAACCCCAGGCUUCUCGGCACUGUGCCUGCGCCGUCCAGAAACUCCGCUGAUGCCACAAAGACGCUGCAUCAGCUAUGCGACAGCAAACCGCCCACUCCACCCAAGGAGAAACAGUUCGCCGACGAGUCGGAGCGCAAGCGCAUCCGCUCGCUCUGGCCCGCAGGCCACGGCGCCGCAGUCCAGCGUUUGAAACACUUCCUCACAGAUAAGAUAGGGGGCUACGCGGCCACGCGCUCCAAUCCAGCGCAGGACUCGACUUCACGUUUGUCCGCCUACUUUGCCGCGAGAGUACUGUCUGUCCGCGAAACGCUUUCUGCAGUGCGCAGAGUUAACAAGGGGUCCGAUUUCUCCCAGUCUGGAUCUAGCUACGGCAUAGCAUCUUGGGUACGCGAGAUCGUGUUCCGCGAAUUAUACCGGCAGAGCACCUUGACGACUCCGCACACGGCGAUGAGCUUGCCGCAGAAUCUCAAGUUCGACUUCGUUCACUGGGAAGACGACCAGGAGGGCUACGAUCGCUGGGAACGGGGCACGCUUGGCGUCCCGUUCGUCGACACAGGAAUGCGCCAAAUCAAGCAUGAGGCAUACAUUGCACAAUAGGCUGCGGAUGAAUGUGUCAAGCUAUCUCUACUGCAAUGUACUGAUCGAUUACCGACGUGGCGAGCGAUAAUUCGCAGAAACCCUGAUUGACUGGGACUUGAACAACAAUGCUCAGGGCUGGGAGCCAAGUUAUACGGUCUUCAACCCGGUGAGUCAGGCGGAGAAGAAUGUAAGUGGUGUCCGUUCGUGCUUAUGCAGGCUAUAUGUAUAGCCCCUUGACUACAAUUUACAUCCUAUUGUCCAAUACGGCACGGACGUCAUGCAUAUCGAGGUGUAUGGACUAUAGACUACUUCCGUUUCCACCCCUUCCUUCCGUCUCACCGAGAUGAGAAACCUGCUUGUAGAGUUGAUACCAACAACCACCUCAGAGCUAUGUAAAUAGUUGGAUGGUCGGAGUCCUGCCAUGGAAACAGCCAUGUACACUGUAGCGUGGUGGAGUGAUUCCCGGGUCAAUAUCUGGUUCUUCA